GUCUUUAGGUAUAGGUGGAGGUGGAACAUUAGUCUCGGGAAGCAUUUCAUUCUCGUCAUUAUAAUGAGGAGUUGUAUUUUCAGAUGAAUUAUCGCUCAUAUUAAAAAUUUUAAGAUUUAACAAAUAAUAUUUAAAUGAUUAUGGUUAAAAAAAUUCUUCGGGGUUAUAGAUUCAAAAAUGGGCGGGUCUAAUCAGUAUUUCGAAAAAAGUGAUAUCCGAUAAAUUAUUCAUUUCAUUAUUCAUUAAUUUUUGAUUAAAAUGGUCCUGGUCAUAGAAGAAUGUUCAAAAUUACUUAAAUGCCGAGCAAAAGCUUUACGAGAUGAACUUAGACAUCCUACAAACCAUAAAAAAAUUUUUAAUUUAUUAAGAGGUCGAAAGGUUCGGACCAUUUAUAAAGACCGAAAUGGAUUUACAAAAACAUUUUUUAUUGAUGGAAUUACGAAACAAGGAGCUAAUCAACUUCCUGCAUUUGGAAAAUUUAGACGACCCUACAAUAUAUCUGUAACUGCUUAUUAUUAUUGCCGUCAUGGGAUUCGGCUGAAAAAUCCCUUUACUCAAUGCAUAAUUGAAAGAUUUAGAGGGAGUGGAAAAGAUAGAUUUUACCCUCUUGAACUUCUCGAAUUUGUAGACGAAGAAGUCGAUAAUCUUAAUAAUAAAUUUGCAAACUUGUUUUCUGGAUUGAACGAAACUGAAUCUUUUAAAUCGAAUAUAAAGUUUGAAAUAGGCGAUGAUUUUACGUACGAGAACAGUGGACGACAUGAAUGCUCCCAGGCCGAUGAAGCAUGUCUUGGAUGGUAAUUUAUUCAAAAAUUUACAAA